GCAGUAAGCUACAAGGUCAGGUAGUUAAUGUAAGAUGGAAUAUGAAGACAGCAAAUGGAGAUUUUCUUUUGCAUUAUUGACUACAGCAAGCCUUUUGUGUAAACGUACCAGAAUCUAGGUUAAUGGGUAUACCAGAGCACCUGCAUAUUCUUCUGAUGAAUCUUUAUCACGAGCAAGAAGCUACUGCAAGGACUGAAUCUGGAGAACAAAGAGGUUCACAGUAGGAAAGGGAUGAAGGACAAAAAUGAGUUAUGCAGAAAAACCCGAUGAAAUCACAAAAGAUGAGUGGAUGGAAAAGCUCAAUAAUUUACACAUCCAGAGAGCUGACAUGAAUCGCCUAAUUAUGAACUAUCUUGUUACAGAAGGUUUUAAAGAGGCUGCUGAGAAGUUUCGAAUGGAAUCUGGAAUCGAACCUAGUGUUGAUCUAGAGACCCUGGAUGAAAGAAUAAAAAUUCGGGAGAUGAUCCUCAAAGGUCAGAUUCAGGAAGCCAUUGCACUGAUCAAUAGCCUUCAUCCAGAACUAUUAGACACAAACCGGUACCUUUACUUUCACUUGCAGCAGCAACAUUUAAUUGAACUGAUUCGGCAGCGGGAGACUGAAGCUGCUCUGGAGUUCGCUCAGACUCAGUUAGCAGAACAAGGAGAAGAGAGUCGGGAGUGUCUGACGGAGAUGGAGCGCACGCUUGCUCUUCUUGCUUUUGAUAAUCCAGAGGAAUCCCCUUUUGGAGACUUGCUCAACAUGAUGCAGAGGCAGAAAGUGUGGAGUGAAGUUAACCAAGCUGUGUUAGACUAUGAAAAUCGUGAGUCAACCCCCAAACUGGCUAAAUUACUGAAGCUACUACUGUGGGCUCAAAAUGAGCUGGACCAGAAGAAAGUAAAAUAUCCCAAAAUGACAGAUCUCAGCAAGGGGACAAUUGAGGAACCCAAGUAAAAUGUGCAGAUGGACACUAAAUCUCACAACUGCACAGUUAUAUGCAUUUUUAAUCAGUCUGUGACUGAAAUAUUUUUACUACAGUUCAGGACUUUGCAAUUUGGUUGUGUGUUUUGUUUCUCUCCUUGGCAAGCAUACUUUUAAAGGGAAGGGGUCCCUUUUUAAAUGCAGCAAACUGGCAUUGGAAAAGCAUUACAUCACUCUGACCAUCUGACUUAGGCUACGCACUGUCAUAUUUUUUAGCCAAAUACCAGGUUCUUUUUUAAAUACUGAGCUGAAGGUUUGCAGUGUCCGGCCGCUGAAACAGAUUUUGGUGGCCGGUGAAUUAAUGUUAAAACUCUUGGCAACUCUCCAGUUAAAAAAUCUGUUUUUCACUUGAACAUGGACUUAUUUUCUGUGUUAAUUUAUAGCCAAAUAUGCAUUCCCUAUUUAUAAGCUAGCAAUUGGUUAAAGUGAUCAUUUUGUAAACUUCCUGGCCGUGUUGUUUUCUGCAUAGACUAUAGUAUAGAAAGCUUGUAAGCUGUAACUGAAAAUAACUGCCCUUGCUUUUCACACCUUGGUGACUUAUUUAUAUGGGGCUGAAUGUUAUAUUCAUGAUGGGCCUAGUUCUCUCAGAAGUGUUGCUAAAAAUAAAAGCAUUUUCUUUUGUAGUUUUCAAGAAUGACCAAAAUAGCCUCUGAAGAACGACAUUAAAUCGCAUUAUAGUUAGGCGUUCUUUCCCCAGAGUUUUAUUUUUGUUCCAUUUCUUAAUACCAGUUGCAGUCAUUAUACUGCUUGGGGUGAUAGUUGCAGCCUUAAAGCCAGUAAUAUAUUUAUGGAUGGUAUGAAAGAUGGAAAUAAUGUUAGCCAUUCCCAGUAAGAAGAAAUAGCUUAAUGUAGACCCACUGGAAUAGUAUAAACAGGGGCUAUAAUUUUUAAAUGAUGGAAUUAUUUUAACAGUUUCUUAUCUUGGGUAAAUAGCACUCUGACUUUACAAAUCUCCUCCCUAGAGCUCCCAUCUUUAUGGUGGGGUAUUGUUAUAAUGAUUAGGAUUUAUUUCUGCCCCUGUUAAAGACCCCGUAAUUCCGUGAGUUAUGUCUUACUCAAUUGCUGCAUUGCAGUCUCCUUUUUGGAUGGUCAAUAUCAUGCAAGGCUGUUUUAAAAGCAUCAUUCCCCUAUUUGGCUGGUAGUAAUAAGUGCUAACCUGACCGGUUUCAAGAUUAUCAUCCUGCAACUAAAUCAAUUAAGUCGUCUCCAAGCCUGGGUAUCUAAAGUAGCCAAGCCGUUUACGUUACUGCUACCUAGCAGCAAUCCCCCUUUCUGUGCUCAUUUUACACAGGAGUACCUUUCUGGUGGAUGGGAAAAUACAUAGAGUAGCCAUCUAGGAGCAGCCUCCUAAUGCUUGGUGGGUAAAUGAGCAAUCUAUAGAAUGCAAACGUUUGGCUUUCGGCAAGUUUGUUGCUACUGCAGUUGCUUGGUGUAAUCAAUCUUUGCAUAGGCCACCAGAAGCGUCUCUAUAUUCCUCCUAGAAACAAUUGAGACUGACCCAGGAAGGCUUCCUGAGGAAGAUAAAGGUUAUGUACUUGUAUGCAGCUAGAUUCUGGAUGAGGCCAAUGGGUAGACUAGUGUUACAGUAGUUCAAAGAUAAGAUGGCACUUGUGUUUUGCACUGAUGCUUGUACAACUUAUCAUCAGAGAGAAAGCUCUGACAGAACAUUCUUAACAUUUUUGGAGAUCUCUCAACAUGGGAUUGAUUGCCACUGCUUUUAGUGUCCCGGAUUGCUUUAUUCCUGAGAAAUGUUUCCUAAUGACUCGGCCUGAUAAGUUCUUUUAACUGACUGAGCACAGCUAUGCUGAAAGUCAUAAGGUCUAGGCCUUCUUCAAAUAUGACCAAUUUAUCUUUCCUUUCCUAGCAGUGUAGAAAGUUUAAAGGAUCAGCUUUCAGUGUGACAUUGACCAACAGUUGGUUUCUCCACCAGAAAUCCUGUGUGGCAGCCAUGUUUAAGAGGCCUCCUUUCUGUUUAGAGCAUUGUGUUUAAGCCAUGGCUGCAUAAUAACUGGAAUUUACACUAUUUUGUUUAAGAGCCAAAUAUGCGAUACAACUAUGACAAUUUAGAUAAUGGGUAUUAAUUUGGUUUUUGUUAAAACAUCUCACACUGAAGCAGCUUUAAUCUGUAAAGGUUUUUGGGGGGUAACGUUAGAGAAGAAUAUUUAAAAUGGUAUGAAAGAAAGCUAUGCAUUUUACAGAGCGUGCAAGGGUGUAGUCCCCGUGGUACUUUUAGGGAUCUUUAUAUUCACAUGUAUAUAAAAUAGUUUGCAUAUACAAAUUAUAAUAUAAUCAAUUUGAAUUAUUCUCAGAUGGGGAGGGUGUAAAAUAUAACUUAUGAAAAUAUUAUUCACAAAAAAACACAGCCCUCACUACAUAAAUGAAUUUUUGUCAUACACAUGAAAAAUGUCUUACUUAGUGGCUGUGAAAAAUGGUUGCAAUUUAUCUCCAUAAUGUUAGAUCGCCACUCUUAACUGCUUAGCAUUAAAUACGACUUUGAUCAAUACAUUUCACAUUUGGUUUUUCUUCUAGUUUCUUCUUAUGAACCUCUUUGUAGAAAUAAUGUUUCAGAGAAUGUAAGUGUUCUAAAUCACUCCUAUCACUGUGAGUAAUUUUUGCAGUCCACGUGGAGUAGAUUUAUAUUUUGUGUACUUUGCGUGUGUUUUUGAAGGGUGUGCAAAACAUUUCAAAUUCAAAAUGUUUUGAGUUCAAAGUGGAUUGUUCUAGCUACUCCAGAAGGGAUCCAAGUUUGAAAGGUAGGCUCAACUUUCACAGCAACAUACAUAAAUAACAUAAAAAUAAUGCUGAUUUGUGUGGGUUUUUUUGGGAAAGAGCCAUGCUUAGUAGGACAAUUUUUGGAAUGAAUUAAAAUGAGGCAAAGCAGCACAUCUUAAAGGUAAUGUUCAUGUGAAGUAGUAAAUUAAGAGAUUGUAGAGUUUCCCUUCUCUUCCAAGAUUGUGGCUGUUACAAUAUUUUGGAUCCAGACAUGCUUUUGACAGAUAGAAAGCUCCCUCUGUCUGUAGGAAGCAGCCCGACACGAGGCAGGCUUAUUUCUGAAGAAAGAGAGAGAGAUGUUCAUUUCAUGUACCCUCCAGAACUGACUUUCAGGAAUUUGCUAGGAGGGCAAUAGUAGCAACAUGGAGAAUCCCUUCCUCCAUCCCAGUUCUUGACUUUAAAGCAAUCUUUGUGUAAUUGUGGUGCAUUUAUCAUUUGGAAAAUAAACCAUAUUAACCCUA